AUGAGAAAGCGCGACAAGUGUAACAUUUGGAGAUGCAAGCACACGUGCGUUGCCACUGGAAGCUUCUGGCCGCGGCAGUGGCUCAUCGACACUGGCGUCGCGGAGGACGGCUUUGUUUGCCAGCGGUGCGAUGCCGGAGUGCCAAUAGCUCCGUUCCGUAUGCGUUGGUUGUGCAGCGGCAGUGCAGAUGUUGGAGCUUGCGUGGACGCGCGGGACUUGGAGGAUGCCACCGCGAGGGGUCACGAGAGCGUGCUUCGCUGCUGGCGUCGUGGCCUGGUGCCGGCGAGCUUGACGCAGUCGCGAACGCCACCAGUGGCCGAUGAGUUCUGA